CUUCCCUAAUCGCUCGUUAGGGUUUACAAUUUGUAAUCAGAAUUCUGCUAAACUCUCCGAGCAUCCUUGCUCACGAAUCAUAAGGGUGUGUAUGGUACACAGACAAGACUAAACUACAGGGGAGAGUGAGGUGGACAGGUGAAAGAAUUGUGGAAGGUUUCAGGGUUUUACUUUGACAUUGGUAGGAUGAUGGGUUGAUUUUGUUGGUUUCAAUAUUAGUGGUUAUAUUUAUGGAGAACUCCGAAGCAUCCAUUUCAUCUACAGCAACUCGCACAUGGCACGACUUUUUGGAGCGUAUGCGACAACCUUCCGCUACAGAAUUUGUAAAAUCCAUUAAAAGUUUUAUCGUGUCGUUCUCAAACAAUGCUCCUGAUCCGGAAAGAGACAGUGCGUCCAUACAGGAGUUUCUCGGCAAUAUGGAAGCCGCUUUCCGGGCCCAUCCAUUAUGGGCAGGCCGCACUGAAGAAGAGUUGGAUAAUGCCGGUGAAGGCCUGGAAAAGUACAUAAUGACAAAGUUAUUCAAUCGUGUGUUCGCUUCACACCCAGAUGACAUCAAAAUCGACAACGAACUUCAUCAGAAAUCAGCUUUAAUCCAGCAAUUUAUCCGGCCCGAGCACUUAGAGAUUCGACAAAUUUACGAAAAUGAAACAUCAUGGUUACUCGCCCAGAAAGAACUUCAAAAAAUCAACGUCUACAAAUCACCACGAGAUAAACUGGCGUGCAUUCUCAAUUGUUGCAAGAUCAUCAGUAACUUACUGCUUAACGCUGCGAUUAAUGCCAAUCAAAAUCCACCUGGGGCCGAUGAUUUUCUUCCGGUUCUGAUCUACAUUACCAUCAAAGCAAAUCCGCCUCAAUUGCACUCAAACUUGUCUUAUAUUCAACGGUACAGGUGCAAAUCUCGAUUAGUUGGAGAAUCAGCCUAUAUUUUCACCAAUAUGCUAUCUGCCGAAUCCUUCAUCUUGAGCAUAAACGCUGAAUCGUUGUCGAUGAAUGAAACCGAGUUCACGAAGAAUAUGGAAUCUGCUCAACUCAUUUCGGGCCUUUCCAGCGAGACUCAAAGUGAAACGGUAUCAAAUUCGAAGUUGAAAGAAGUUCCAUCAGUUUCAGAUUUGGAGAAUAAAGGGGCAGCGGUGAUUGUGGCAGAGGAAAACGUAAGCGAAAAGUUCGACAACUUUCCGUACUUGUACUCGAAAGCUGAAGAUUUGACAAUAGGUAAUGUAGAAGAGUUGUUAAAUGGUUAUAAGCAACUUGUGUUCAAGUAUGUUUGUCUUGCUAAAGGGUUGGGUGUUCCGGUGUGGUGGCACCAAGCUCAGGGAACCCGAACUGGCGGUGAAGCUGCAGGGGAUCUUGGUAAAAUAGAUGGUGAUGAGGAAGGGUUGGGUGUUCCGGCACGGCUGUCGGCGGAAAUUGGUGGCGGAAGUGGGGUGGCAUUGGAAGGUAAGGAGAGCAUGGAGCUUAAUGGUGAUGAUGUUGGUGGUGGGAAAGAGUUGGGUGGUCCGGAGCCGCCACUCGAAUCAUCGGAAGCCGGAAUUGCGGUGCAUUCACCGGAGGCUAAGGGGGAUGUGGUGGUGGAUGAUGAGCAGAAGGUGGAGGACGUUAGAGUAGAAGGUGGUCGGAAUGAUGAAUCGACGGUGGCCGGAAAGUAUAUGGAGAGAUGAAUUCUAUAGAUUCCAUUUUUGUUUUGUGGGUUGGAUCUGCAUUUAUAUUUGUUUAUUUAUUGUAUCUUUUGCUCAUAUUCUGUUUUUUUAGUACCAUCUUUUGGAGAGAAUAAGGAAAAUUUUGUUA